UUAAAACUCCAGGCCGAGACUUGACUUGUGGAGGAUUACUCAUCCAGCUAUCUUUUUAGCUAUUCUAGACGCUAAAGUCAACCUGUUGCCUUUUUUCAUCUUUUCCCCAGCAACCCUCUUUAUGCUCUUCCUAUCCUUAUCGUCUCUUUGGUUGCCUGCAAAUCCCCCAAUUUUCAGCUUCAUCCAAAUCCACCUACUUACAUACCAAAGUGUAAUCUUUCUUCUUUAAUUUUAUGGUUUUGUGGUGAAAUAUAAUCCCAAUAAUGAAGGGUAAGGCAGAGCCAUUCCAAAAGCUAUGUACAAGAAUGCGGUUAUGGGAAUUCCCUGAUGAGUUUGUGAUCCAACCCACCGAUGGCUCUUCUACUUCCUCCUUUUCAAUUAGUCUUGUUGAUGCCUCAAUGAUGCUCAUUGAUAGUAUUCCAGAAUACAGCUCCAUCCAUGUUCCUAAGACUCAGUUGAUCUUUGGAGUAGUUGGAAUGCUAAAAUUUGUAACCGGGUCAUAUUUAUUUGUUGUAACGGAUUGUAAAUGCGUUGGAUCAUACUUGGGGCAUCCUAUCUUCAAAUUCAUAUCCUUGAAGGUUCUCCGCUGUUCUCAUUCUGUUAAACACUCUCCAGCAGAACAGCAGAAAAAGGUGGAGAAUGAAUUUUCUCGGCUGCUAAAAACUGCAGAGAGGACUACCGGACUCUAUUUCUCUUAUGACACCACUUUAACACUGAGUGCUCAGCGAUUAUAUGAUCUGGGAGAUGAAUCCAAAAUGCUUCCUCUAUGGAGACAGGGAGAACCUAGAUUUCUUUGGAACGGUUAUAUGUUGGAAGCACUUAUAGACAAGGAGCUUGAUCCCUAUUUGCUUCCAGUUGUCCAAGGGAGUUUUCAUAAUUUCCAAGCUACCAUUGGAAAAGAAAUUGUAGAUGUUACGCUAAUCGCUAGGAGAUGUACACGGAGAAACGGAACCCGAAUGUGGAGAAGAGGAGCUGAUCCUGAGGGCUAUGUUGCAAAUUUUGUGGAAAGCGAGCAAAUUGUGCAGAUUAAUGGGUUUACUUCAUCAUUUGUUCAGGUUCGGGGGUCAAUACCAUUUCUUUGGGAGCAAAUUGUUGAUUUGAGUUAUAAGCCUAAAUUAAAGAUUGUGAGACCUGGAGAGGCUCCGCAAAUAGCGAAGAGGCAUUUUCUGGAUCUAAGAAAAAUGUAUGGAUCUGUACUAGCUGUUGAUCUUGUCAACAAGCAUGGAGGUGAGGGACGCUUAAGCGAAACAUUUUCAAAUGCAAUGCAGCCCAUUGUUAGUGAAGAUUUAAGAUAUCUGCACUUUGAUUUCACUAAGAUCUGUGGACAUGUUCAUUUCGAGCGCCUUUCCUUGCUCUACGAACAAGCUGCAGAUUUUCUUGUGAAAAACGGGUACUUCUUGUUGAAUGAAAAGAAAGAGAAAAUGAAGGAGCAACUUGGAGUUGUAAGAACCAAUUGUAUUGAUUGCUUAGACCGAACCAAUAUCACACAGACCAUGAUAGCUAGGAAAAUGUUGGAACUUCAGCUUAGGAAGAUUGGAGUUUUUGCUGCUGAAGAAAUCAUUAGCUCACAUCCAGAACUUGAUGGAAGCUUUAGAAUAUUGUGGGCUAAUCAUGGGGAUGACAUAAGCAUACAAUAUUCCGGCACUCCUGCGCUAAAAGGAGAUAUCGUGAGGUCCGGUGAGCGAAGAGUUCAGGGGGUCCUUACAGAUAGAUAUAUUUCCCUUAAACGCUAUUAUUUGAAUAACUUUUCCGAUGGAACAAAACAGGACGCGAUUGAUCUCCUGCAAGGACAUUACAUAGCCUCCAUGAGACGGGAUAUGGUGCCUCCAUCUCCAACAAGAGGCCUUGAGGCUGUAGCUGUAAGAUUCAAACAUAUUCAACUUUUAAGAUUCAACUGUUUCAUCUUGAUUUUGCUGGAACUGUCUCCAUGCUGUCAUGCUCUCUUUCAAUGGUUUAUCAAGCAAGACCGAUUAAUGUUUUCCUUUUCUGCAGUCGUUUCCGAUAGCUUUAUGUUUGGUAAUGAUAGGAUUGUUUUGGACAACAAGGUCAUUGGGGCAAGUUGGAAAUGAUGGCAUGCAUUUGCUUCUUUCAGUUGUGUGGGGAAGCAUAAGUGUUGGUAUUGCAGUUUUUAUGAGGGCUAACGGCAGGAUUUUCUGCAAUCGACCUCGUUUGCGAUUGCAUAGUUAACCUGUCUGGUGAU